AUGGCUUCGAAAGUCGCUGUUGACGCUCUUGCUGGCCAAAAAGACGCGCCACAGUCAGAGACAAGAGCUCUAGAGACUCCCAAACACGAGUCAACAAGGGAGAGUAAAGAUGCGGAACAGCAAGAUAUUCUAGGUAACAAGGAUGAGGAUAACGAUAAGGAGUCAGGAGAAGUGCUUGAGGGAGGCGAGCAAGGUGAGGAGGAGAAGGAGGAGGGAGAAGAGCGUGAUAGCUCUCCUCCACCCUUACCAGAAGAAGAGCUCCCACCUCCCCUCCCUGAAGAAGCUCCUCCUGGCCAAGCUGAAGAUGACGGAUGGGAUCCGGUUUGGGAUGACAUUGCACAAGCUUAUUAUUUUUAUAACCGCUUCACUGGUCUCUCGCAGUGGGAGAAUCCUCGGGUACCCGACGCACAGCAACAAUCGCAACAAACAGACGCUUCAGAGUCAUCAGAGCGGCAGCAACCUAGCAAACCGCGAGUUGCUGGCGGCUACGAUCCCGCCAUCCACGGUGACUAUGAUCCCACCGCACCAUAUGCCCAGGUGACCCAGCAGCCAGAACUAGGCGCGUCAACUGCAGCUUUCUCUUCUUCCGACUCAAAUUAUAUAUACACAGCAACGGGCACGUUCAACCGGUUUACGGGUAAAUGGCAGGCGGGUGCCUUGACACCGGAGAACUUCAACGAUGAGAACAAAACUAGGAGACAGAUGCAGGCGUACUUCGAUGUGGAUGCGGCGGCCAAUAACCAUGACGGCAAGAGCCUCAAGGCCGAGCGGAGCGGGAAGAAGCUAACGAAAAAGGAGCUGAAAGCCUUUAAAGAGAAAAGAAGAGAGAGGAAAGAAGAGAAACGGAGGGCGUGGCUAAGGGAUUAA